GUUCAUGUCCACUGUUGGCUUGUUACAUACAUGUCUUUUAUUUCAUAUAAGGGCUAGAAUGUGUUUGUAUGUCUUCUCUAAUUCUCUAUACUCGAUUCCAAUUUUUGGUACAAAAAGACAAAAGCGAAAAAGAAUGUUUGGAUUCACUAUACAUUUUAUUGGAUUGUUGCAAAGCUACAAUAUAUUCCAUUCUCUGGCUGCACACGUACAAUAUGGGCUCUAUUUGGUUCGGUAUACAUUGGCUCAUUAUCCUUUUCCGAAAAUUGCAACUAUAACCUUGAGCCAAAUUAGGGGUGGACCCGGGUCAGCUCUGGUUCCCAGGCUCCUGCCACCACCCGCAACUGUGACCAAGGAUUCCGGGUCAGAUCUGAUUGAAGCUCCAGACCAAUUAAACAAAUAACCAGGAAUGGAACCUAACCGGCCUGGUUGAAUUCUGAAGGAGGCAGAUCUGGGUUGGAACGAUUCCAGUCUGGUCCCAAUUAUGGCCGUUCUGGAGCUGGGCUGAUUCCGUUCCACACUAAGCCUAAUACACCUUACCAAAUGAAACCAUAAUGCUGAUUCACUAUGCUUAUAGCCUCCUAGCUAGAGAUAAGUGGACACCUAUAUUAUGCAAUAUUAUGCAAUUCUGUUGUCUGAACCAAUUGAUUCAAUGGCAUCUUCGGUUGAAGCUACUCCAAAUUCCUGAUCUUCCCCAUGAUGUGGGUUCACAGAACCAUCAUGGGAUCCAUGAUGGGUUUGCUCUUGGGCAACGAUAACAGCCCAAAUUACCACCAGAGCCACCAUUACCACUGAAAGGAAAAGCAGUGCUCCCCAUACUAAAUGUGCAUUCCUCUUUAAAGGUUUGCAGUGAUUUUCAAGAAUGUCAGAAAAUGCAUCUUUCACUGUUUCACAUUCGACCAACCUCUCCAUUCCUGGGUAAACAUUCAGUAUGUUCUGAAUUGAUAUUGUGUAAGCUUUUAUUGCGUUAAAGUCACUCACAGAUAUCAAAAUUCCUCCGAUGCAGUCAGGAUCAGUACAAGUCAACAUGCUCAAUAACUUCAAAAAAUAAAUAAUGCAAUAAUUGUUAAUUUGGUAUAUCACGAAAUUGUAAUAAAAAAGAACAUGUUUAGGUUCCCAGAAUGUGAUACUUCUGAGGUAAUUGAUUAGAGGUAACACAACAUAACCUUGUCUAUUCUUGCAACCUAAUUGCCUCAAUGAUGCAAUAUUACCAUGUUGUGGAUAUAAAGCAAAGAGGGAAUAUGAGAUUGCCUCUGUUUUCUUAGGUAUUGUAAAUCUAUGGUGGUAUAGAGAAAUAUUGUAGAUUAAUACAGAGUUUGUUCUCGAUGAUUGGCAAUUAAGUAAUACUCCUUCCAUACUACGCAGUACUAAACUUUGCUAACAUUUCUUAUUCCGCCCUUCCAAAAAAGACUGUCACAUUCUCACUUAACAACCAUUUGGUUAAUAAUGUUCUCUUUUCAGAAGAAAUCUCAAGUGUACAAUUUGUACUUUCUUAUCCGGCAAGUAGAAUUUGCCAAAGUUCUAUCACAACGGAGUAUAAAACUUAAGGCAGACUUAUAAUCCUAGCCAACAAUAAUCCCCCCCCUGUCUAAUCUCAUAUCCCAUGAACCAAACAGCGCUAAUGAUAAUGAUAAAGUUGAGGUGAAAAGAUUGUUUUAGCAUACCUGAGGUAUGGCUCCGAUCCUAAUUGCAUUAGACGGGCAGUUAUUUGGCCGGUAUGCAUACUCCGGUGGUCCUGAAAAUGGCUGGCAGAGUUGUGCAAAAUUUCCAUACGAUUUGGUUAUAUUUUUGUUCACCUAAACGUUUUAGAGUUGCAGAAACUGUGUAAGUAAACUUCAAAGGAUUACCAAAAAACAACCAAUGUAAAUGCCAUAUACUGGUCGUAUUGCUCACCUGGUUGACAAGUCUAUAAAUGCCACUGCUAACAACGUCUAGGACAGAUCUUGCUGAAACUAAUUCGUCGCAAGGAAGAAUUAAGCUGAGACUAUUAUUGUAGGGAUCUUGUUGGAAACUCUCAAAAGCUGCGCAUGUGUCACCUGCAAAUCUGGUAAAAUACGGAGUAUGUUACAUUGUUUAGCAGUUUUUCAUACGAAUAUCUAGUCUCUAAAAACACUAGAGGAACAUAUCUGGGCCUGGAGGAGUAAAGGGUGGGCUGGGACAGAUCAAUAAUAAAAUGUUCACAUUAAAGUACAUGAAGAGGAGGGAGUAAAGGGUGGUGGGCAUACUUGUUAAUGAAGAAGUAAAUACCAAAGAAUAACCAGCAAAGUAUUGUAAGUAUCCAACAAAGAACAAUUAGCCUGCCAACACAUAAUGAAAAUGAUUCAGACAAAAAAACAGCAUAUGUAAACUUCAUUUGUCUCUCUUUUCAGCGGUAAGUAUGGUGAAUUGGUGAUUAAUCAUAUAUUCCUACAUAUACUUACCAAUAUAGAGCCCUCCUGAAUUUAAGGAUUCCACACACUGCAAUAAAAUCUGUGCAUGAGUGUUAAGUCAUUGUAUGCCCUACAUAAACUACUUCAUACCUUCUCAAUUAGCCGUUCAAUAACGUAAAGGUACUCUUUUUAAAGUGAUCAUUAACUUUGUUAUUAAUUAUAAAAGGAAACUGGCGUUUGUAUCAUUGUACAAAGCUUUUGUAGACCUUCACAUAAAUGUGAAAUUAGCUCCUACAUUGAUCACAUAAAUUUUCCCCACCGGCAAAUAAUGUGUGUGAGAAAGUUACAUAGACACUGUUCUAUGAGUACAUAUAGAAUUCGAACUUUCGUCACCGAUGUGUCUUAUUUUUACUUUGAGCUAACUUGACAAAUAAGAAUUGUCUAUACAAAAGAUUGUGAGGUGUGUACAAAAAGUGUAAGAAUUGUGAGAUGUGUGAAUGAUGGAGAAAUGUGUACUGUAAGUGACCUAGCAUUAUUGAACUGUUAAAUAGACACUUAUCUACUCUUAUAAAUGAUUAAAGCUACAUAAACACACCUGAGAGGGCAAUGAGUGCAACCAAAUUAAGGGAAACAAUGACAGUAUUGAUUAUGUAUACAAUCCUGAGGCCCAUCUCUAUGGCCUCACGGUGUUUCCUGGCCUGUCUUUCUAUAUCAGCAGCUCGAAUGUCGAGGCUCUUGGAGGUCGAAGUCAGGAAGCGAGUAGCCUCAGCGGCGGCUCCUCCCCCUCCGCUAGUAGCUGCACUCAUUUCUUUCAUGGCCCGAGUAGUGUUGUAUAUGGUGUCUGAUGCUCCAUCUGCCGUGUCAAUAAUAAUGUCCACAACCCUAUCCGCUCUCCGAUGAAACCUCGUGUUCCCUC